AUGGUGUCUGUUGAUUUAAUAGGACCUACAUCAGUGUUAGUGAAUCCAAGUUCCACGUCAUCGCCGCUUGGCAAGUUCGAGUUAACUGCAGACACAAAAGUCCGAAUUGGCCGUUACGAAGUAUUCGUUACCGAAGAUCCAAGAAAAUCAUGCAACAUAACUUCUUUGGACACGCUCAGCCGUGAGAUAAGAGGCUUGGAAGCAGGUACAAAGUAUGAGGUCACCACAAAACCAAACAAACCGGAAUCUGUGGAAGUGGUGUCAAAAUCGACGACAUCCUUGAGUGUUAACUUCAAAGCACCAACGGUGAACACGGAUAUAGACCGUUACGAGGUGUAUCAAGAUGGAGAUGACGCAAAACUUAAUUGCCUUUUUACAUCUGGAACUGAGUUUACGUGUCCAGUGGAUAACUUAAAAGCAGGCACAAUGUACAGUUUCAAGGUAAAAGCCUGUAUUACAAAACCAGAACCAACUAUCUGUAGUGAGGAUGUGCGGGCGUCUGGAUACACAAUGCCAAACACACCAAAAUCUGUGAAGGUGAAUCCGAUUUCUACGUCAUCGGUAACUGUCACAUUUGAGGCACCCUCAGAUGCGGAGGGAAUCGGCCGUUACGAAGCAUUUGUUACUAAAGAUCCAAGUAAAUCGUGCAAAACAACAUCCUUGGAGAAUCUCAGCUGUGAGGUAGGAGGCCUGGAAGCAGGUACACAAUAUGAGAUCAGUGCCAAAGGAUGCAUUACCGACACAGAUCCAGCAGUGUGCAGUGAAGCGGUGCCUGGUUCGGGAUGGACGAAACCCAACCAACCAGAAUCUGUGAAAGUGGCGGCACAAGCGAAGACAUCUUUGACAGUUACUUUCGAAGCACCAGCGGUAAACACGGGGAUAGGCCGGUACGAGGUGCACCAAGACGGGGAUGACACAAAUCCCAAAUGUUCAAUUCAACCCGAGGAGCAGCUAAAGUGUCAAUUGACAGACUUGAAAGCGGGCACA